GUCUGCUUUCAUCCGGUAUCAGCUGAUCAAUAUGCGAAUGAACCGAUAUUUCAAGAAAUCCUCCAAAAUUCGCAAAAUUGAGGAGUUCGUCUGCUCGUGCAAACUGGGAGACUGGUUUGUUUUGUAUCAGCUCAGUAAAAAUUUGAACAGACCGUUCUUCAUGGACUUCUUGACAGCGCUUUCUGUCAGAUAUACAGACAAGAAUCAGUGUGCUGAGGACCCAGAGGAAACCGGAGGAGACAACCUGGUGACAAUGUUGUUGAAGCCCUCCUACACGACCCAGGACUCUACGAAGGAGCCCGGAAAGAAGGGGGAUAACGAUGAUGAUGACGAUGAAUAGGGGGACGGGGGUGGGGAGAAGGAGGAAAAGGAGGAUAAGUGCCUUGAUAGAUCUAGAUCCAAGAAGUUAACUAGAGAUAUAAAUGUUAAAGAAGAAACGGAACCAUCUCUACUUCGACCUUCCUCAUCGCCUGAAUCUGGGUUGAAUCUAGAGAGGAUUGGAAGAUUGGAGAGAAUGGAUAAAAUGAGAAGGAGUAGAAGAAAGGAACUAGGAGAUCAGAGAACCGGGAAUAUAAGGAAACAUACAGCAUAAAGAUUAUCCCAGCCAUCUUUCUUCCCACCCGGGGCCUUGCAAAAAACAGAAACAGAAAGGAGUCACAUUUUAUUAGAAUUUAGUUUCAGGGGUCCACAAUCAACAAUUUAACAGAAACAUAUUGUGGUGCCCUUGAUCCAUAGAUAACACAGAUAGGACCAGGGAUCUUGUAUUUACAUCAGUUUUAUAAAUUUUAUUAUAUUUUACUCAAUUGAAUUUAACUAAUUAUUCGCUGAGGGGGUCAAAUGUUCAUACUUUUCUCAAAAAUUAUAAUUUUGCUAAGAAAUAUUAUUAAAAAGAACUUAAGUCAUUCCUAAAAUGGCUUGGUACAUGAUGUUUCACAUCCAAGAGGUUUUAAAGCAUCAAAAGUUACAAAAAAGAAACAACUAUAACUAUCUCUCUGUGUUGUCUGUGUCAGUUAAAGAUUGUAAGUAUUAAAUAAUUCCAAAGAUAUUGUUUUAUUAUUCAUUCAGAACGUAACACUAAACAAACUACUACGCUUUAAUAUAUAUUUAGCCGAUACUAGGCUUCUGUGGCCAGGAACCAGGAUUUAUGAAUUGCGAAAAGAAGCUUAACCGCGUACACGUAGUUCAACCACUUCUCAUCAAGCUAAAGCGCUACGGGGUUAAUACCACAUUUACGCGGUUCAACAAUUUAUCGCUAGUCACUAAUUCUGGUAUUCUGGUAAAUAAUUUUAAAUCUUGCAUUUCCCUUUCGAUAUAUUCAUCCAACAAUUUGUAAAAAUAACCUGCGCAAAAUAUACAGGAAUGUAUAUUUUUAAAGAAUUAAGACCCCCCACCCCCUUUAAGUCAAGAGUAACCACAAUUCAAGCUUCAAGCCUAGUCCGGUGUGGAAAUUUAUCUAUGUAUCCAGCUUAUUAAGGCAUUUUAAGCUAAGAUAUUUUAAACAUUUUAAGCCUAACAACUAGAAAUUUUCAUCUUCAGUCAAUUUAAUUUUUGAAUAUGUGUAAUAACAUUAAAGUUUGUUUGAUUUUUGAAAUUGUAUUUGUUUAUCAUAUGUAUCUCUUAGUUUGCCAUUGUUAUGAUUAAAUCUGUCUUGUUUAUAUGUAUAAACCGGUUUAUUUGUUAUUGUUUAUACCUCUUGUUAACUCAAUAAACAUACGUAAAAAAG